AUGGUGCGGAAUCUGCUGCUGGGCACCUUCAACUUGGAGAGUUGGAGCUGCAACCUGAAUGUGAGACCACGUCCAGUACUGAGUGUAUCUCCACAGAACUGGCUGACUGAAGGAGACUCAGUGACUCUAAGCUGUGAGGUUACAGACUUCUCUAAAAAUUUGACAUUCAGCUGGUACAGACAUGUUACCUACAGAGACAGUGAUGGAGAUAUCAUGUAUAAAGAGGAACUCCUCUCAGACAGCAGCAGAGGAUCUCGAGGCUCCUACACUAUCAGUCCUGUCACUCGUAAUCACACAGGAGUUUAUAUGUGCAGUGUUGAGAGAGACGGACAGCAGGUUCAGACAGAUCGCAGUCGUCCACAGCCACUAUGGAUCACUGGUGAGGAAAAAUUAAACACCCGUGUGCUGGGAGAAAACAGUAAUCCUGUCAACAUCACAGUGCAUGGGCCCGUACUGAGUGUAUCUCCACAGAGCUGGCUGACUGAAGGAGACACAGUGACUCUAAACUGUAAGGUUACAGACUCCUCUACAGACUGGACAUUCACAUGGUAUAGAGAGGUUAUCUACAGAGACAGUGAUGGACAUAUCAGGUAUGAAGUAAAACUCCUCUCAGACAGCAGGAGAGGGUGUGGAGGCUCCUACAGUAUUAGUCCUGCUGCUCGUAAUCACACAGGAGUUUAUACGUGCAGAGGACAGAGAGACGGACAGCAGGUUCAGACAGAUCGCAGCAAUUCACAGCCACUAUGGAUCACUGGUGAAUCUCCUCCAGUCUCUCUGAUCAUCAAUCCCAACAGAACUCAACACUUUACUGGUGACUCUCUCACAAUGACCUGUGUGGACCGGACUGACUCUACUGGAUGGAUAGUGAGACGAUACACACAUGAAUCGGGAUUGACAACUUGUUCACUAUGGGGAUCAGUUACAGGAUCUACAUGUAAUAUCAGCUCCCUCUCCAAAUUCCACACUGGAGUUUACUGGUGUGAGUCUGAAUCUGGAGAAAACAGUAAUCCUGUCAACAUCACAGUGCAUGAUGGUAAUGUGAUCCUGGAGAGUCCUGUCCAUCCUGUGACUGAGGGACAUCCUUUGACUCUACGCUGUUUAUAUCGCAGCACAAAUUCCUCAAAUCUCCGAGCUGAUUUCUAUAAAGAUGGAUCAGUUCUCCAGACACAGACUACAGGAGAGAUGAUCAUCCAUAAGGUCUCAAAGUCAGAUGAAGAUUUCUAUCACUGUAAAUACCCAGAUAGAGGAGAGUCACCGAAAAACUGGGUCUCAGUCAGAGGUGAGAAAUCAGCUCCAUCCUCAGUGCUCAUGCUGAUCAGUAGUGUAGUGACGGCCUCUCCAUACCUGCUGGUGACCAUCAUUCUACUGUUCAAAUGUUACAGAGCUCGAGCUCAAACUAAUAAAGAGAAAAUUGAGAAUGCAGUUUUGGAGGAGUGA